AUGUCAAGAAUAGUUCGUUCCAUAAAGAAUGUUGCAAACGGAUACUCUUCCGCUCAAGUGCUUGUAAGAAAAGCAACUUCAAAUGACCCUACUGGACCUACCAGGUAUGAUAUGGAAGAAAUUUCUGCAUGCACUUAUGAAUCUCAAACAAGCUUUUUAGAAGUAAUGGAUAUGUUAGAUCGUCGUCUUAAUGAUAAGGGAAAGAACUGGAGACAUGUCGCUAAAUCCCUUACAGUUUUAGAUUAUUUAGUAAGAUUUGGAUCAGAAAGAUGUGUAUUAUGGGCAAAAGAUAAUCUUUACAUUAUUAAAACUUUGAGAGAAUUUAUUCACUUUGAUGAUGCAGGAAACGAUCAAGGUGCAUUGAUCAGAGUUAAAGCAAAGGAAUUGGUUUCCCUUUUACAAGAUGAUGAAAGAUUAAAGCAAGAAAGAGCUAUUGCAGCCAGGAGAGGAGGCGGUGUCGACAACGAUGACCUAAGUGAAAGCAAUGCACGUGAAAGAAGAAGACCAAGACUGGAUACGAACCGUUCGAGAAGAAACGAACCUUAUGAUGCGGACUUACAAAAGGCACUCGAAUUAUCAAAACUUACAGCUGAAGAAGAAGAACGUCGUAAGCGGCAAGAUGAAGAAGAUCCUGACUUAAAAGCUGCUCUUCAGUUAUCUUUAGAAGAAGAGCAAAUGAGAAAACAGAAUCAUAAUUUACUUGACUUAAAUGAUGAGCAACCACCUCAACCUCAAUACUACCUUGCGACUGGUCUUUAUCAACCACAACAACAAUUCUAUCCACAAGCUCAACAAAUGCAACAAUAUGACAUGUUUGGAAAUCCAAUACAAAAUUCAAUGGACACUGGAAUGUAUCAACAACAAGCUUACUUCCAACAACAGCAACUACAACAACCACAAUAUAAUCCUAAUCAAUUUACUGGAUUCAAUUAUGGUCAACCACAACAACCUCAACAACAACAGCAACAAUUACAACCUUUAAAGACCGGAUCUAAUAACCCAUUUGCGUUAUCUUCUUCUGAACCUACCCAAUCUCCAAAUAGAAACCCAACUUUAGAUGCCUUGGCCCAGCAACAACAACAAUUCUUUACUCAACCCCCACCCCAACAGCAACAACAGCCAAUUCAACAACUACAACAAUCAGCCCCAUCAUCAAGAUACAAUGAUACACAUGAACUUAAUGAUUUAUUAGCCCAAGGUACUGGACUUGAUACUUUUGGUAAUACAGGUGCAACCAGAAUCCCUCAUCAACAUACCAAGACUCAAACCUUCAUCAACUCAAGUGGUACAGGAUACAAACAACAACAAGAUAAUCAAGUUAGAUUAAGUUCUAAUGCUACUGGGAACCCUUUCCUUAAUACUGGUGUAAGUUAUCAACAACAACAACAGCAGCCACAAGCACAUCCACAAAUAAAUACCGCUUACACUGGAUAUGGAUUUGGAAAUGCUCAGUCUGUCCAACAAAGACCAAAUGAAGGUCAGAGUUUGAUAGAUAUUUAG